CGCUUUCAGGAACGGACGCCGGCCGUUGGGAGCCGUCGGGACCCCGAGGCGGGGGGCGUCGUGCCAUGUUCGCCGGGCUGCAGGAGCUCGGGGUGGCCAACGGGGAAGACUUGAAGGAGACGCUGACGAACUGCACGGAGCCGCUGAAGGCCAUCGAGCAGUUCCAGACAGAAAAUGGGAUCCUGCUGCCUUCUCUCCAGUCUGCUCUGCCAUUCCUGGACCUGCAUGGCACCCCCCGGCUUGAGUUCCACCAGUCGGUGUUUGAUGAGCUGAGAGAGAAACUGCUGGAGAGGGUCUCCGCCAUUGCCUCCGAAGGGAAGGCUGAAGAAAGGUACAAAAAGCUGGAAGAUCUGCUGGAGAAGAGCUUCCCCUUAGUCAAGAUGCCAUCCAUACAGCCCGUGGUGAUGUGUGUCAUGAAACACCUGCCCAAGGUUCCUGAAAAGAAGCUGAAGCUGGUGAUGGCUGACAAAGAUCUCUACAAAGCCUGUGCCAUGGAGGUGAAGCGUCAGAUCUGGCAGGAUAACCAGGCCCUGUUUGGAGAUGAGGUGUCUCCACUGCUGAAGCAGUACAUCCUGGAGAAAGAGAAUGCGCUCUUCAGCAGCGAUCUCUCUGUCCUGCACAACUUCUUCAGUCCUUCUCCCAAAAUGAGGCGCCAGGGAGAGGUGGUUCUGAAGCUCACCCAGAUGAUCGGGAAGAACAUCAAGCUCUACGACAUGGUGCUGCAGUUCCUGCGGACCCUGUUCCUGCGGACCCGCAACGUUCACUACUGCACGCUGCGGGCGGAGCUCCUGAUGUCCCUGCACGACCUCGACAUCAGCGAGAUCUGUGCAGUCGACCCCUGCCACAAGUUCACCUGGUGCCUGGAUGCCUGCAUUCGGGAGAAGUUUGUGGACAAUAAGCGGGCGCGGGAGCUGCAGGGCUUCCUCGAUGGCGUCAAGAAGGGGCAAGAGCAAGUCCUGGGGGAUUUAUCCAUGAUCCUGUGCGACCCCUUUGCUGUCAACACCUUGGCGCUGAGCACCAUCCGCCACUUGCAGGAGCUGGUCGGGCAGGAUCUGUUGCCCAGGGAAAGCCCAGACCUCCUGCUUCUGCUGAGGAUGCUGUCCCUGGGCCAGGGAGCUUGGGACAUGAUUGACAGCCAGAUCUUCAAGGAGCCCAAAAUGGAAGUGGACUUGAUCACCAAGUUCCUACCCAUGCUGAUGUCCUUCGUGGUAGAUGACCAUACAUACACCGUCGAUCAGAAGCUGCCUUCCGAGGACAAGGGCCCAGCACCUUACCCAGCUGCCAUCCCUGAAACAUUUCCUAAGUUCCUGCAGGAGCACCGGAUUGCCUGUGAGAUCGGGCUCUACUACAUGCUCCACCUCACCAAGCAGCGGAACAAGAGCGCCUUCCUCCGGCUCCUCCCGGCCCUGGUGGAGACCUUCAACGACAUGGCCUUCGGCGACAUUUUCCUGCACCUGCUCACCAGCAACCUCACACUCCUGGCCGACGAAUUUGCGCAGGAGGAGUUCUGUGCCGCCCUUUUCGACGACUUCUUCCUCACUGCCUACGCAAGGAAGGAGAACGUGCACCGGCAUGCGCUGCGGCUGCUGCUCCACCUGCACCACAAAGUGGCCCCCGGGAAGCUGGAGUCGCUGCAGAAGUCUCUAGAGCCCACCAAGCAGAGCGGCGAAGCCGUGAAGGAGCUCUACAGCCAACUUGGGGACAAACUGGAACUCCGCAAGACCAGCCCGGCCCAGGUGGCCGAUGCCCAGGCCAUGGACUUGCCCCUCCCGACAGUGUCCCCACUGGCCUCGCUCUAGGCCGGGCUCCCCGGUCUUACGGAAGGGUGAAACUGUUUCCUUUGCCGAGCGACAGUGUCCUCAGGAUACGGCUGGGUCGGCCGCCUUGGCCACCUGGGGAACGCGGCUCAGCCUGCCUGGGCCCUUCAUCCCAUCCCGCCUGUCUCCACGGAAGACAACUCUGCCGACAACGUUGUUUUCUGGGGUGUGUUGUGGAAACUUUUCGGCCAGCCAAGGUGGGGAGGAAGAACAUCAAGAUAAAAUUUUUUCUAAAACAUCA